AUGGACAGCACAAACACGGCCAUCCUGCUGCUGCUCCUGGCUCUUGUCUACCUGCUCCUGACCCUCGGCUCGUGGGGCAAGGGCCGGCUGCCCCCAGGACCCAGGCCCCUCCCGUUGCUGGGGAACCUGCUGCAGCUUCGCUCCCAGGACAUGCUGACCUCUCUCACCAAGCUGAGUAAGGAAUAUGGCUCAGUCUACACGGUGCACCUGGGGCCCAGGCCUGUGGUGGUGCUCAGCGGGUACCAAACCGUGAAGGAGGCCCUCGUGGAUCAGGGGGACGAGUUCAGCGGCCGUGGCAGCUACCCUGUCUUCUUCAACUUCACCAAGGGCAACGGCAUCGCCUUCUCCAACGGGGACCGCUGGCGGGCGCUGCGGAGGUUUUCCAUGCAGAUCCUGCGCAACUUCGGCAUGGGCAAGAGGAGCAUCGAGGAGCGCAUCCUGGAGGAAGGCGGCUUCCUGCUGGCGGAGCUGCGCAGAACGGAAGGCGAGCCCUUCGACCCCACGUUUGUGCUAAGCCGCUCGGUGUCCAACAUCAUCUGCUCCGUGAUCUUCGGCAGCCGCUUCGACUACGGCGACGAGCGCCUGCACACCAUCAUCAGCCUCAUCAACGACAACUUCCAGAUCAUGAGUGGCCCCUGGGGCGAGUGGUACAACAUCUUCCCCAGCCUGCUGGACUGGGUGCCCGGGCCGCACCGACGCCUCUUCCGCAACUUCGGCUGCAUGAAAGCCCUCAUCGCCCGCAGCGUCCGCGACCACCAGGCCUCCCUGGACCCCGACUCUCCGCGGGACUUCAUCGAUUGCUUCCUCACCAAGAUGGCCCAGGAGCAGCAGGACCCGCUGAGCCACUUCCACAUGGACACGCUGCUGAUGACCACACACAACCUGCUCUUCGGCGGCACCGAGACCGUGGGCACCACGCUGCGCCACGCCUUCCUCGCGCUCAUGAAGUUCCCUAAAGUGCAAGCCCGCGUGCAGGAGGAGAUCGACCGCGUGGUGGGGCGCGCGCGGCUGCCGUCGCUGGAGGACCGCGCGGCCAUGCCCUACACGGACGCGGUGAUCCACGAGGUGCAGCGCUUCGCGGACAUCAUCCCCAUGAACCUGCCGCACCGCGUCACGCGCGACACGGACUUCCACGGCUUCCUGAUACCCAAGGGCACCGACGUCAUCACCCUCCUGAACACGGUCCACCACGACCCCAGCCAGUUCCCCGCGCCCCAGGAGUUCAACCCCGGGCACUUCCUGGAUGACAAAGAGGCCUUCAAGAAGAGCCCCGCCUUCAUGCCCUUCUCAGCCGGGCGCCGGCUGUGCCUGGGCGAGUCGCUGGCGCGCAUGGAGCUCUUCCUCUUCCUCACCGCCAUCCUGCAGAAUUUCUCGCUGCAGCCGCUGGUGGCCCCCGAGGACAUCGACCUGACCCCGCUCAGCUCGGGUCUCGGACACGUGCCGCGGCCCUUCCAGCUGUGCAUGCGCGCGCGCUGAGCGCGGCCGCCGCCUCUCCUGCUGUGAUGUCUCACCUGCACCUGUCACCUGCAUGGCCCCCUUCCUCCAACCUCUGCCUGGCCUGACACGCCUUCUUGUACCCACAGAAUGAGGCCCCUGCCCUGAU